GAAAGAAAUAUCUUUGCUAGAUUUUACUCUACGAAAAAAUGUAGUCAAAUAAACAAUAUAUUAAAAACAAGAAACAUCUGAGCUUUAAAAACCUUUUUUAAAUGUUCAAUUUUGAUAGAAUAGACACAUAAUGAGAACCCCAUAAAGAUUUAAUAGCUUCCAUCCGUUUCAACCGACUCGAAAAACCAAGAAAUUUCCAAGAAUUGUUGAACAUAUUUAUUGAAUAUGUAUUUAUAUUUAAUUUUAUAUUGACCUCAACGAAACUGAUGCACAUGUUGAACUGUGUGGCUAGAGUUAAUGAUUAAUGGUCGAAGUCAAAAAACUGCAGUGUAAAAUUGAAUAUUUAAACCGUUUUUAUUAAAAUUCACUAAGAAUAGCGUUUCAUGAACUAUUUAACGGGGGUAAAUAAGCGCAAAACAUUUUAUAUAUUUUUUCAGAUGAAAUGAAUGAACAAUAAUACAUAAAAAAUGUAAUUUAUUAAACUUCCAUCGCAACUUAGUUUGGAAUAUAAAAGUAAAUAAAAACGUGUUAGCAUUGCAAAUGCUUUACACUCAACCAGAAUCAAAAUUUGUAACAAUUAUGAGCAUAAUUAUAGCCAAUGCAUAGAAAUAUUUAAUAUUUCAUCACUGCCGAAUAUGAAUUAAAGUAUGAAAACCCUACUUUUCAUUUGAAUAUGAAUCAAAGUUUAAAAACGCUACUUAUUUUCCUGUCAAAAGAAGGGGAUUAAUUGCAUAAAGUGAAGUUGUCAAAAUCAUUUUAAUGGAGUCAGUUUGUAUGGUUUUAUGUGCCUGAAAAAAAAUAAUAUAUUUUUUCAUAUUUAAUUAAUAAAUAAACUCACAAACAAACUACAAAAUAGUUUAUAGUUAAGAUAUAGAAUUAUUCAAAGAAAAAGUAAAUAAUUAAAAAUGUUAUAGAGUACCAGUUUUUUUAAUUCAAUUGAAAGAAAAGUUUAGAGUUUGCAUUUGUUGCAAUAUAGAAAAAAACUAGAAAUUGUUUAAUUUGUUCAAAAUGUAAAUAUCAUAGGCAUCAGUUAUUAUCAAUCUCAAAAUUUUUAUAAAUGCUACAAUAAUCACAAAAACGAAAUAACAAAAAAAUACUUUUGCCUUAAAUCUUGGUUGAACAAUUAAAAAUGUUUAUUAAAAUUGAUGCUUUAAUUUUUUAAAAAAGAUACACAAAAGUUUGAAAGAAAUUUUUAUAAAAGAAUUUAUGUGUAUGCAAUGCAAGUGAUUUGAUUAAGUAAUUAACAUUGAUCAACUAAUGAAAACAAGUAAAGUGGUUGUUUAACUUAUAUCGUCUAAAAUAUGUCAAACAAAAUUAAUCCGAAACGUAGAGAAACCUCAGCUAAUGCAUCUUCAUCCAGUAGUUCAUCUCUUUCAUCUGGUAGUGGAGGCGAUGGUUCAAUGUCUAACGAUCUAGCAUCUCUUUUCGAAUGCCCAGUUUGCUUUGAAUAUGUAUUACCGCCGAUUUUGCAAUGCCAAAGUGGUCAUCUUGUUUGUGCUUCAUGCCGCUCAAAAUUAACUUGUUGCCCGACAUGUCGGGGUUCUCUAGGAAAUAUACGAAAUUUAGCUAUGGAAAAAGUUGCAUCAAGUGUAAAAUUUCCAUGUAAGCACUCGAACUAUGGGUGUACGGCAUCUUUAAGUUAUACAGAAAAAGUUGAGCACGAGGAAACUUGUGAAAAACGACCAUACCUGUGUCCUUGUCCAGGUGCAUCUUGCAAAUGGCAAGGUCCUUUAGAACUAGUCAUGCCACAUUUAAUGAUGUCACACAAAUCGAUUACAACACUACAAGGAGAGGAUAUCGUUUUUUUGGCUACUGAUAUAAAUUUACCCGGAGCUGUGGACUGGGUAAUGAUGCAAUCAUGCUUUGGACAUCAUUUUAUGCUUGUAUUAGAGAAGCAGGAAAAGUUUGAUGGUCAUCAACAAUUUUUUGCUAUUGUUCAGUUAAUUGGUUCUAGAAAAGAAGCUGAAAAUUUUGCCUACCGUUUGGAAUUAAAUGGAAAUCGUAGGCGUUUAACUUGGGAGGCAAUGCCAAGAUCAAUUCAUGAAGGUGUCGCGAGUGCUAUUCUUAAUUCAGACUGUUUAGUUUUUGAUACAUCGAUCGCCCAACUUUUCGCUGAUAAUGGGAAUUUGGGAAUUAAUGUUACGAUUUCUAUUGUUUAAAGACAAUUCUUAUUUUUUUAUUUGAAUUUCGAAAAGAUAAUGAAUAUGGUAAUUCAUUUUUCAUGAUGAUCCAAAUUUCUUGUAACUUAAAAAAAAUGAUUUGUUAAAUUAACUUCAAUCAAGAGCUGUUUUAUUUUAAUUUAAUUUUAAGAUAUUCUUAAUUAAAGGUCUUACGAUUGUCAUAAAUAAAAUAAAUUGAAAAUUUUAAAAACUUGAAAUAUACAAUUGUAACAAAAAGUAAUGAAAUUAUACCAAAAAAAUGAAAUUGAAAUUAUCUAAUAUUUACUGAAUGAAUAGAUAAAUGGUCUAGACUGGUUACAAUUUUCUUAAAAGCAUAAAAUUUCAAAGCUAUCAAAAAUAAAAGACUUGGGUCUACAUAUUAAUUUUUAAAUUUAUUUCAGUUAAUUAUUUUUAUUUAAUCUCUAAAUAAAAAUAUAUAUUAGGCAUACCGUAUUGUUAAAUAAUUGAAUAAUUAAAUGAUUUACCUAGAUUAAACCAAGUAAAAAUAAUUCAUUGCAUAUUGGGAAAAAUGUAUAUUGAAAACAUAAUAGUAUCAAAUAUUUUGUCGUUUUAAUGUCUCAUUACAAAAAAGGAAUAAAGUUAAUUUUUAGGAAAAAAUGUGUAUAUUAUUUUUCACAAUUAUUUUAUGACGGUUGUACUGAUUAUUUAUUAUAAUUGAAACAAACUUUCUUUAAUACUGAUUUGGUGGCGAAAUGAAAAUAUGAAAUCGAAAAAAUUUGCGAUACAAAAUAUGUACAUAUAUUUUUUGUAAAAAUAUUUUUGAGAACGAAAAUAUUAUGUAAAUAUUUUCAUAACAAGCACACACGUGCAUAUUAAAAAUAUUAUUUACUAUUAUUAAUAAUUUUAUUUUAAUUUUACGGAUAACGCGAUUUUCGAGUGACUUUUGUAAAUUAAUUUUUUAAACCAAUUUUCGUCAAAAACUUACAAUAAUUAUUUACUUUGAAAAACUCGUUCAAGGAAUAUGGUACAAAAACCAUGAUUAAGAAUUACGUCUUAAUCCAAUAUCCAUGCAAUUUGUAAAGUGAAAUUUUAGGUAAAUUGUUCAAUAAGUUUUGUUUAUGUGUUUUCAAUACAUUUAGGUAAAAUACAAAAUAUAUAAGUAGGUACCUACAUACAUAUAUUUAGUUUAAGUAUUUAGAUUACGUGCGAGAUUAUGUAGCUCACAAAUCAUUAUGUAUUUCUGAUAUUAAAUAAUUUUAAAUAUAUAUUUUUAAAUAUCUUUGGUUUAUUUUGUAUUAAUUUAAAUAAGUAAGCUGUUAAUUAGAUCUCGGGAGUUAUUUUAUAAAAAACAAACC